AUAAUAUUUGGCUAGAUUCUUUGGCUCUCACUCGGGUUUCUGUUAUGACCGUUAAUGAAUUUGAGCGGGAAGAUCAUGCCGACGCAUUGAGACUUUUUGUCAACGCUAUAAAAACAAACCCAAUCUCACCAUUUUCUUGAAAGCUCUCUCUGUCUCUCUCCUCGUUUAUUUAGACUUUGCAAUUCUUGUGCUCCUCUUCUCUACGUUUUGAACAACUCCUUUGGCUUUCGCGAUUCAUACAACUUCUCACCGAUAUAGAAGAAGAGAUGAGUUCGCGUGAUAAACCCAAGACUUUCGCAGAAGUAAGAGAAGAGAUAUGUAAGAGAAGAGAAGAGAUGAUUUCGCGUGAUAACCAAAAAAAAACCAAGACUGUCGCACAAGUAAGAGAAGAGAAAGGUAAGAGAAGGGAAGAGAUGAUUUCGCGUUAUAACCAAAAAAAGGCCAAGACUGUCGCACAAGUAAAAGAAGGGAAAGGUAAGAGAAGAGAAGAGAUGAUUUCGCGUGAUAACCGAACAAAACCCAAGACUGUCGCACAAGUAAGAGAUGCGAAAAGGAAGAGAACCUUCGAUCACGUCCCCAGAGGAACAAGGGAACCUCACGCAUACCUUCGCAAUGAUCCAGCGCCUCAAGUUGCUUCUGUCCCCAAGAGUGUCCCAGAAGAGAAAGAUGUGAUAUUGGAUAGAAUCUUGAGUAACGUCCCCAGAAGAAAAAAGACUACUUCUUACGAAUUCGUCCCACCAAAACACCCACAAGAACCGCAAUGGCUUCUCCAGGUUAUGAGUCGCAUGAACGGCGCUGGUGAUCCGAAGCUAAUCAUAGAGAAGAAUCUGGACUCGAACGAUGUUGAUCCACGUCAAAACCGACUCUCAAUCCCUAUCAAUACCGUAAUCCAAAACGAUUUCUUGACGCUUGACGAGUCAAGGUUGAUUGAUGAAGACGAAAUCACUAACGAAGGGAAUAUGGGUGUUGCAGCGUUUCUUGUUGAUCAGCGAACUAAGAAGUGGAACAUGGGUUUUAAACAAUGGUUUAUGACGACUGAUUCAGGGAGCAGUUACUGGAGUUUUGUGUUGCGAGGUGAAUGGAGCAACGUCGUUGAGACUAAUGGACUGAAAGAAGGCGACAAAAUCAGCCUUUGGUCUUUCAGGUCCAACGAUAUCCUCUGUUUUGCCCUUGUUCCUCCAACGAGCUCUGUUGUUGAGUCUUUAGAUAAGUGAAAAGAAGGGUUUUUUGGGAGUAUUAGGGUUUUAUUGUGAUAAAGAUGUUGCUAGGGUUUUGGUACAGAAAUUGGAUCUUAAUCUUGUUGGGGUUUCUCUUCCAUUAGUAUACUUUUGACAUGACUCUGGUUUUGUUGCUUGAUGUACAAGCACACAUAUCAAGUUCAAUUGCUAGUGACUUUUAGGCCUACUUUAGUUACUGCAUUGGUAAUAUCUGUGAUUUACUAUGAUACAAAAAGUUUAUAACUGUGGGACGAAAUUGG